AUGGAGAGCAUGAAGAAGUGCCCCUUCACCAGCGUCAUCCCAUAUGGGAUGCUAUAUGAGAAGCUGAAAAAGGAGAAGAACAACCAGCUGCCCGAAAACGUGGUGAUCCAAGAGUUUGACCAGUUGCUUGCGACGUACGAAAGACCGAGCCCCUAUGACGCCAACGGGCUCAUUCACAUAUCCAACAAGAGCGAUUUGUUCCUCUUCCAGAUAGAUAUAGAAUACACAGUGGACAGCAUUUUCAAGAACAUGGUCUCCACGAAUGAUGGAAGCGCCUUAACGGAUAUCUACUCUACUUACCGAACCAUGCUUCAAAACAGUGAGAAGAACUACAUCUCCGUGCCGGUCAUCCACAUUUAUACGGUAACCAACGAUGGGUAUAGCGUUCUCGUAAGCGUGCACAACUUUUUCCCCUACUUCUACGUGGAGAUGCCAAGCAACUUCCAAAAGGAGGACCUCCUAAAGCUGGAGUGCAUGAUGAAUGACAAUCUUAACAUGAAUAAUCAGUACAAAAUGUAUGACCAAAAAAUUCUAAACAUCGAAAUUGUAAAAACGGAAAGUCUAAUGUAUUACAAACGUGAGGGAAAGAAAGACUUCCUAAAAAUUACGGUACUCCUCCCUAAGAUGGUUCCUACUUUGAAAAAGUUUUUCGAAGGUGUUGUUAAUGUAAAUGGAAAAAACAUCGGUGGGAUUGUCUACGAAGCAAAUUUGCCCUUCAUUCUACGUUACAUAAUUGAUAAGAAAAUCACCGGUUCUUCUUGGCUGCUCUGCAAGAAAGAGCACUUCUACAUUCGACCCAAACAUAAGAAAAUAUCCAACUGUUCCUUCGAAAUUGAUAUAUCCUAUGAACAUCUAGAACCCAUGCCACUGGAGAACGAAUACCAGCAAAUCCCCAAGUUAAGAAUUCUUUCCUUCGACAUAGAGUGUAUCAAACUAGAUGGAAAAGGCUUCCCCGAAGCGAAAAACGACCCCAUCAUACAAAUAUCAUCCAUAUUAUACUUUCAAGGAGACCCCAUCGGAAAAUGCUCUAAAUUUAUCUUCACCCUGAAGGAGUGUGCCAGCAUCCCUGGUUCUAACGUCAUAUGGUUCCACGACGAGAAGACCUUACUAGAUGCAUGGAAUGAGUUCAUCACUAGACUGGAUCCAGACUUCCUCACCGGUUACAACAUUAUAAACUUUGAUUUGCCCUACAUUCUAAACAGAGGAACUGCACUCAAUUUGAAAAAAUUGAAAAUGUUGGGAAGAAUAAAAAGCAUCAGCAGUGUUGUAAAGGAGUCCAACUUUUCCUCCAAACAAUUUGGGAACCACGAAACGAAAGAAAUUAACAUAAAUGGGAGAAUCCAAUUUGACGUCUACGAUCUUAUAAGGAGGGACUACAAGCUUAAAUCAUACACUCUUAAUUACGUCUCCUUCGAAUUCUUGAAGGAACAAAAGGAAGACGUCCACUACAGCAUCAUGAAUGAUUUGCAAAAUGAAAGUCCAGAGUCCAGGAAGAGAAUUGCCACCUAUUGUAUAAAAGACGGCAUUCUUCCUCUUCGCUUAAUAGAUAAAUUGCUCUUCAUUUACAACUACGUAGAAAUGGCAAGAGUUACGGGGACACCCUUCGUUUACCUCCUCACGAGAGGUCAACAAAUUAAGGUCACCUCACAACUCUACCGCAAAUGCAAAGAAUUGAAUUAUGUUAUCCCUAGUACUUAUAUAAAACCUGCUAGCAAUGAAAAGUACGAAGGAGCUACCGUUUUAGAACCCAUAAAAGGGUACUACAUAGAACCCAUUUCGACGCUCGAUUUUGCAUCCCUGUACCCAUCUAUCAUGAUAGCACACAAUCUGUGCUACUCCACGUUGGUCAAAAAUAACUCCGAAUUAGAGGGACUCAAACAGGAGGAAGUCACCUCCAUUCAAGGAAAAAGCAAUAUCAAAUUUGUAAAGGGAUCCGUGAAAAAGGGAAUCCUCCCCCUAAUCGUAGAAGAAUUAAUAGAUGCAAGAAAAAAAGUCAAACUUCUCAUAAAAAAUGAAACGAACAAAAUUACCAAAAUGGUGCUCAACGGAAGACAACUAGCACUGAAAAUUUCAGCCAACUCUGUAUACGGAUACACGGGUGCCGCCUCAGGGGGACAACUACCUUGUCUAGAAGUUGCAGUGUCUAUAACCACACUAGGAAGGUCCAUGAUUGAUAAGACAAAGGAAUCCGUCGAAAAGUACUACAGCAAAAGCAACGGAUUUGAACACAACUCCACUGUGGUUUAUGGAGACACUGACUCAGUCAUGAUCAAGUUUGGCACCAGCAGCAUUGCCGAAGCGAUGGCCUUAGGAAAAGACGCAGCGCAAAGGAUAAGUAAAGAGUUCCUACACCCAAUAAAGCUAGAAUUUGAAAAAGUCUACUGUCCUUAUCUAUUGCUCAACAAAAAAAGGUACGCUGGACUGCUCUACACCACACCGGAAAAACACGACAAAAUGGACUGCAAAGGUAUCGAAACGGUUAGAAGAGAUUUCUGCAUUCUCAUCCAACAAAUGAUGGAAACCGUUCUGAACAAACUCCUAAUCGAAAAAAACCUGAACAGUGCUAUCGAAUAUACAAAAAGCAAAAUCAAGGACCUACUCACAAACAACAUCGAUAUGAGUCUCCUCGUGGUAACCAAAUCCUUGGGAAAAACUGACUACGAGACUAGACUACCACACGUAGAAUUGGCAAAAAAGCUAAAGCAAAGAGACAGCGCCACAGCACCCAAUGUAGGAGAUCGAGUCAGCUAUAUUAUAAUCAAAGGGGUUAAAGGACAAGCACAAUACGAACGAGCAGAGGACCCACUCUACGUCCUAGACAAUAACCUAGCUAUUGACUACAACCACUACCUAGAUGCAAUUAAGAACACCCUCUCUAGAAUUUUCGAAGUUAUCAUGAAUAACUCAGACUCCCUUUUCUGUGGUGAACACACAAGACACAAAACCAUCCUAACGUCCAGCCAAACUGCUCUCUCCAAAUUUCUACAAAAGGCUGUCAGAUGCAUCGGAUGUAACAGCUCCAUUAAAAAACCCCCUCUUUGCAACCACUGCAAAUCCAACAAGGAGUUCUCCAUCUACAUGCAAAAAAUGAAUCUUUUCAAAAAUAAGCAGAAUGAGUUUUUCCAACUGUGGACGGAAUGCCAACGGUGUCAGGGGAACCUGCACGCUGAAGUCAUCUGCAUGAAUAGGGACUGCCCCAUCUUUUACAGGAGAGCCAAAAUUAAGAAAGACAUGGCCAACGUGCAGGAGCAGAUAAGUGCCCUGCGCGCUGACUGGUGA